CAACAGCAAUUACAAUGUGCUUUAGAAGUGAAGAGCAAGACUGUUCAGUUCAUGAAUUUAAGAAAUGCCAGAAGUCUGAGUGACACAAGCUCUUUAGAUGAGACCACUUAUGAAAAACUGGCUGAAGAAACACUGGACUCCUUAGCAGAUUUCUUUGAGGACCUGACAGAUAAGCCUUUUACUCCAGAAGAUUAUGAUGUCUCUUUAGGGAGUGGAGUUCUAACAAUUAAAUUAGGAGGAGACAUGGGAACAUAUGUAAUCAAUAAGCAAACACCAAACCGGCAGAUUUGGCUGUCCUCACCUACUAGUGGGCCCAAGCGCUAUGACUGGACUGGACGGAAUUGGGUAUAUUCUCAUGACAGAGUAUCCCUUCACGAACUGCUAUCGAAAGAAUUUUCAACAGCAUUAAAAACUAAAUUGGAUUUGUCCUGCUUAAUAUAUUCUGGAAAAGAGGAUGCUUCAUGA